CUCCAAGUUCUUCAACCAAUCAGUGUAAAGCAGAGUAUCUACGAAUCUUCCUUUACUGUGUAAGUUUCUUUUUCAAAUGAGGAGUUUAUUCUACUUGGAUCUAUGAACAUCUCAAAAGCUCAUGGAUCUAGGUAAAUCUAUGUAUAAGUAUAUGUGUGGAUAUCUUCACCAAGGACUACGCGCUAUCUUCACCCAACUACAUGUAAGAUUGCCCAUAUAUAUAUAAUUUUGAUCUGAAAAUUGAAAAUGCACCAAAACUUACAUUUUUCUUUUAACGAAACAACAAAAAGUUGGCAGUACAUAAACCAUGACUAACAGUAGACAACCUACUCCGUCCACGAAAUACUUCACAAACAAUGCAUGCUAGCAACCUAGCCAACUAUGAACGCAUGAACAGAUCCCACACCCAUCUGCAACCAAACGAUAAAAUCUCUCCCUAUGUCCUACUAGGAUCCGUGUUUAGGUAUUCCCUUGGUGCAAAAUAGUUCCUAAACCAGAAAUGUUUAUACAUGCACAAAAUGCAGUCGAUGGAAUAAUUAUACCUAUAGCAUGCAUAUAUAUGUACCUUUGGAUUUUGCCCAGUUGGCCAGGUCUUUCUAUGAAAUAAAAGAUCAUAAGCAUAUAGUUUGGUUAGAUAAUCUUAGGUUUGAUUAAGAGGCCUGUAGUUGAUUGGCACAAUUGGCAUGCAUCCAUGCUAACUCCUACGAUCUUUAAAUAGUCAUUUGUUCGUCCCUUUGAUUUGAAGAUCAUAUUUCUUGGCUAGUAAGUAGUUCACGGCAUAGCAGAGCCGAUCUUACGUCAAAGGAUCAUAUAAUCGCUCUUGCUGCAUCGACUAUUGGUUAACCAUAACAUCAAACACUUCACUAUUUCCGACGCAAAAUUUUAGUGUGAGCCAAAAUUCCCCUAGAGUUGUUCAAUGGAGAAGAAGUGGGCACAACUCAGGGAUGAGAGUUAUUUCCAUUCUUUCUUCUUGCUCGUACUGGCUGUAGCCUUAGGGUUUUGGAUGAUGGACCCUUUUGAGAUCAGUACAAUGGGUGGUCGUCAAUUUAAGCCCGUCAAGCACAGCAUUGCGCCCUACUGGAAGGUCAUGGAGAGCUGGCCCAGGGAUAACCUGAGCCGGUUAGGGCUGCAAGGGAGUCUAGAGUUCGAGGACGAGGUCUUUGGCCCAGAGUCCUUGGAGUUUGAUGGCUUAGGCCGUGGUCCGUACACUGGUUUAGCAGAUGGCCGCAUCGUCAGAUGGAUGGGCGAAGGCAUAGGAUGGGAAACGUUUGCAGUUGUCGCGGCAACUUGGUCGGAGAAGGUGUGUGCAAAGGGAGUGCACUCAACGACAGCAAAGCAAUGGAAGGUGGAGAAGCGGUGUGGGCGACCACUUGGCCUAAGAUUCAACCAUGAGACCGGAGAUCUGUACAUCGCCGACGCAUACUAUGGCCUGAUGGUGGUCGGCUCGCAGGGAGGGCUUGCCACCCCAUUGGCAACCCAUGACGUUGAUGGAAGCCCAAUUCUCUUUGCCAACGAUCUUGAUAUCCACUCCAAUGGAUCUAUCUUCUUCACCGACACAAGCAAGAGAUACGAUAGAGUGGAUCAUUUCUAUAUAUUGCUGGAAGGAGAAGCCACAGGGAGGCUCCUCCGAUACGACCCGACCACCAGAUCAACUCAUGUUGUUUUGGAAGGUUUGGCCUUCCCCAAUGGUGUUCAGUUAUCAAAUGAUCAAACUUUCCUCCUCUUCACUGAGACCACCAACUGCAGGUUAAUGAAGUACUGGCUGGAGGGUCCAAAGAAGGGGCAGGUGGAGGUUGUGGCUGAUCUUCCAGGCUACCCAGACAACGUGAGGCGAAAUGGCAGGGGCCAAUUCUGGGUGGCAAUAGACUGCUGCCGGACACCGGCGCAGGAGGUCCUGUCCCACAAUCCCUGGAUGAGGCGCAUCUACUUCAGACUCCCCAUCCGGAUGGGUUUCCUGGCCAGGCUCAUGGGCAUGAGAAUGUACACGGUCAUUGGCUUGUUCAACGAAGACGGAGAGAUCAUGGAGGUGCUCGAGGACAGAGAUGGAGUCGUGAUGAAGCUUGUGAGUGAGGUCAGGGAAUUCAACGGGAAGCUAUGGAUUGGGACUGUGGCUCAUAAUCAUAUUGCCACUAUGCCCUACCCUUAAAUGAGGGAUUGGUUUUUAAAGUUUCUUUGUACUAGCUAAUUAGUAUUUGUCAUACAAGUCAAAUCUAAUGCAAUGUUUGGAUGCACUUCUUGUGAAGAACCUUAGGUGGAUCGGGUCAGAUGAAUAGAACACGAAGACGUUCUUGGCAUA